GUGUUGGUGAAUGAAUUACAAACGAACGAACGAACCCAGAAACUUUUUCUGCUUUCAGGCAGCGCACGUUCGUCCGACGUUAUCCCUUUCUUCUCCGUCGUCUCUUUCUCCAGCCUUCCAGAACUUGAAUCUUGAAUCUUGAAAGCGUCCCCGGAACGUUUGACGGUCGAUCGUCUUGUUAGAAAGAGUCAAAGCUUUGAAGUUUUGAAAAGGAGUACUAGACUUGGACUUGGAGUAACGACCUGCUACAUAGAAGUGUAGACUAGACAUAGCAUAGCACCAUGUGUGGCAUCCUCGGUCUCCUCCUGCACGACCCCAACACCGACGCAGCCCCCGAAAUCUGCGAAGGUCUCUCCCUCCUCCAACACCGCGGCCAAGACGCAUGCGGCAUCGUGACAUGUGGACCUAAAGGCAGGUUCUACCAGUGUAAGGCGAAUGGGAUGGUCAGGGAUGUGUUUGAUGCGGGGGCGGUGGCGAGGUUGGUGGGUGGGAUGGGGAUCGGGCAUGUCCGGUACCCGACCGCUGGAAGCUCACAUCAUGCCGAAGCUCAACCGUUCUAUGUCAACUCGCCCUACGGCAUCGUCUUCGCACACAACGGCAACCUAAUCAACACUUCCUCCCUCCUACACUUCAUGGACGCCGAAGCCCACCGGCACAUCAACACCUCCUCCGACUCCGAACUCCUCCUCAACAUCUUCGCCAACAACCUCCAACAAACAGGAAAGUUCAGGAUCAACGAGGAGGACAUCUUUACUGCUGUUGGGGGGCUCAUGAAGGACGUUAAAGGAGCGUAUGCGUGUGUGGCGAUGUUGGCUGGGUUUGGGAUUAUUGCGUGGAGGGAUCCGAAUGGGAUUAGGCCGUUGGGGAUGGGGAGUCGGAAGGCGGGGAGUGGGGGGAAGGAUUGGUUGUUUGCGAGUGAGAGUGUGGUGGCGGAUGCGGGGGGAUUCGGGGAUUGGGAGGACGUUAAGCCCGGAGAAGCCGUCAUCAUCACCCGCACCUCCGUCUCACGCCGCCAAGUCUCCCCUCCCUCCACAUUCGCCCCCGACAUCUUCGAAUACGUCUACUUCGCCCGGCCAGACUCCGUCCUCGACGGGAUCAGCGUCUAUCGCUCCCGCAUGGCCAUGGGCGACGCGCUCGCGCUCGAGGUACGCCGGCAGUUGGAGGAAAGGGGCGAGAAGGUGGAUGUGGUGAUUCCGGUGCCGGAUACGAGUCGGGUUGCGGCGUUGGAGUUGGCGCAGAGGUUGGGGCUGCCGUAUAGGGAGGGGUUUGUGAAGAAUAGGUAUGUGGGGAGGACGUUUAUUAUGCCGGGGCAGCAGAUGAGGAAGAAGAAUGUGAGGAGAAAGUUGAACGCGAUGGCGCUGGAGUUUGUGGACAAGAACGUGUUGUUGGUCGAUGACUCUAUUGUCCGUGGAACGACAUCAAAAGAGAUCGUACAAAUGGCGAAAGACGUAGGCGCAAAGAAAGUCUUCGUCGCAUCCUGCGCCCCCCCAAUCCGCUACUCAAACGUCUACGGCAUCGACAUGCCCUCCCGCUCCGAGCUCGUAGCGCACAACCGCACCACCCCCGAAAUCGCCACCGCCAUCGGCGCCGACCUCGUCAUCUUCCAGACUUUACCCGAUCUCGUGAAUUCCGUGCGGAAUUUGAACCCGGCGAUACAGCAGUUCGAUUGUUCGGUGUUUACGGGGGAGUAUGUUACUGGUGGGGUGGAUAGGGAGUAUUUGGAGGGGUUGGAGAGGUUGAGGAGCGAUAAUAUUAGGGUAAGGUUGGGGAAGAGCGGGGAGGGCGAGGGCGAGGCGCAGGGAGUGGUGGAAGGGCAGGGUGCGAGUGGUAAAGUUAAUGGGACGGGGACGCCGAAGGAGUCGAGGGGGUAUGAUACGAUUGGGUUGCAUAACUCGUGGAAGGCGAGUUAG